AUGCCGGGCAUGUACUUUCUACUGGCUGUGGCGGCCCUGAUAGUCGGCGCCAUACGUCUACUAUCCAUAGGUCGGAGGCCAAAGGGCUACCCUCCCGGCCCUCCUACGCUGCCACUGUUGGGCAAUCUUCAUCAGAUGCCAACCCGGGAUGCACACUUACAAUUCGAGAAGUGGGCGCGCGAAUAUGGUCCGAUCUACAGCUUGAUGCUCGGCACGCAAGUAUUGAUCAUACUAUCGAGCGACGAAGCCGUGAAGGAGCUUCUUGACAGACGAAGCGGCAUAUACUCGGACAGGUUGGACAUGUACAUCGGCCAGACACUGUGCAGUGGAGGCUUGAGGUUGCUGAUGAUGAGAUAUGGAUCAGUAUGGAGAGGCUUCCGUAAAAUGAUCCACGGCCUUCUCAACGUCAACACAUCCAAAUCCUACAUCCCGUACCAAAUGCUCGAGAACAAACAGAUGCUGUACCAGCUCCUGGAGGAGCCCGACGACUUCCUCAAGCACAUCCGGAGGUAUUCAAAUGCGUUGACGACCACCAUGGUCUUUGGCUGGAGGACGCCCACAUACGAAGACGCCAACAUGAAGCAGCUCUUUGAAGGCUUCUCCGAAUUCGCCGAGAUCAACCAGACCGGUGCUGCGGGACUGAUCGACUUCUACCCUAUCCUGCGAAGCCUGCCCGACUUCCUGCUCCCGACGCAGAAGAAAGCCAAGACGCUGCACAAGCACGAGAAGGCCCUGUACCUAAGACACUGGCUGAACGCGAAGGAGGACAUCAAGAACGGGACGAUAAAGCCGUGCUUCUGUGUGGGCAUGGCCGAGGCCCAGAAGGCCGAGGGCUUCAGUGACGAUCAAGCGGCAUACAUAUCCGGGACACUCCUGGAAGCGGGCUCGGACACGACUUCAAGCACACUGUAUGGCUUCAUCCAGGCCAUGCUCCUGUACCCGGAAGCGCAGAAGAAGGCGCAAGAGGAGAUUGACACGGCUGUCGGGGACCGUCUCCCGACCAUGGACGACGAGUCGAAACUGCAGUAUGUGCGUGCGUGCAUGAAGGAGGCACUCCGGUGGAUGCCGACCACCAUCCUGGGGGCGGUGCCACAUGCCGUGACCAAAGACGACGAAUACAUGGGAUACCUCAUACCCAAGGGUGCGGGGGUCAUGAACAACGUCUGGGCCAUCCACAUGGACCCCAACCGCCACCCCAACCCACGCCAGUUCGUUCCCGAGCGGUACAUGCACGACACGCAGAGUCUGUACGACUCGGCCGCCAACGCCGACGCCAGCAAGCGCGACGUCUUCACCUUCGGGGCCGGCCGGCGCAUCUGUCCCGGCAUGCACGUCGCCGAGCGCAGCCUGUUCCUCGGCAUCUCGCGGAUCCUGUGGGCGUUUAACGUCGCGCCGGUCGUGGACGCCGACGGGAACAAGCUCCUCCCGGACCAGGACAAGCUGACCCAGGGGUUCGUGUGCAUGCCCGAAGAGUUCCAGGCAAAGAUCACACCGCGGUCUGCGGAGAGGGAGAGGAUCGUGCGGGAAGAGUGGCGCAAGGCCGAGAAUGAGUGCCUGGACCCGCAGAGCAAACAGUGGUUGAGCCCUGCGCAGCCUUAG